UGAUAUCCUGCCCACUAGAAGUGGAUAUAUGAUUAUUUUUAACCGAAGCCGAAGCUAGGCCCGGCACUUGAUCCCCAGAUUGUAUUAUCCAAGGUAUGGUAUGGUGAACAUUUGAGAGCUCCAGAGAAGCGCGCACCGCUCACUCUGGAAAGUGCUCGUAUCCCAUCUCCUCUAUUCUUCCAAUGGAUCUCUCUGCCCUGUCGUACCAAAAAUUCGUGCACAUCGCGCUGGAAGAGACCCAACGCCGCACCAUUCUCACUCCCCUCCCUUCCCAGGAGAAAUUGAGAUCCAUCAAGACCAAGGAUGACACGACCAUGCUUCAUGGACUUUCAUUUUCUGCCCCCAAAAUUAGGCUUCUUCGUAGUUUGACUGUUGAAGGAAGUCAGGCAAUGAAGGUACUCGAUUUUGCUGCAUUCUCGAAACCAGAAUUUGAUCUGCCUAUAUUUUGUGCCAACUUUUUCUUGAAUGCUAACCUGAGCAUUGUUGUCUUGGACCUUAACCCUUUAUAUGAUGUCACCAUCCAAAGGGAUUACAAAGAGAAGUACUACAUGAAGUUAAUGCCUCUUGGCCAGAAAUAUGCUGAGACUAUACAGCUUCUGCCCUGGGGAGGCAAGAUUACAAGUGAAUCUUUGAGAUUUUUCUCACCAAUUGUGAUUUGGAGUAUGCUCAAUUCAAGCAAAUACAAGCACGAUGUUCUAUUUUCUGCAUUCAUGGAUUACUUUCAGACAUGGCUUGAGUUGAUGGAUCAAGCAGUGGAAGAGACGGAUGCGCUGAAGAUCCUUCGUAAUUGCGAAGCACAGCAUAAAUAUCUUACAUGGAGAGCAGAAAAGGAUCCUGGGCAUCCAAUUUUGAAGAGGCUGAUUGGAGAGAAACUUGCUAGGGAUUUGCUGAGGCACUUUCUCUUUGAGGGAGUUGAUACACUGGGAACCAGGACAUUCUUGGAUUACUUCCCUGAGUAUAGAUGUAAGGAUGGGUCAAUAAAUCAGAAACGCAGUAUCAUUGGGAAGUCUUAUGAAACUCGCCCCUGGGAUGCAAGAGGGGAAUUUAUUGGUAAUGAGGCUGGAUAACAUUUUCAUUCUUACAUGUACAUUAUUUGCCCUUUUUAUUUACUAGCAGAAAAAAAAUCAGUGUAGAUCUCUCUCUCUCUCUCGUGGUAUCUAAUACAUUUGCAGCAGAAAUUUAGUCACAGUUUUCUAGAUAAGAAUUUUUCAGGCGUUA